AUGGCUGAUUAUGCUAACAAGAUUCCAAAGAUUGUAAUUUUAUCUUCCCUGGGACAUCUUCAAAGAGGACCCAGCCAGGGAAGCUGCUUUUGCAAGCAGGUCUCGGUGCCCGGCAAGGCAGCAACCCGGAGGCGGACCCCUGGGCUAAAAGCAGGGGCUCAGGAGCGCCUGGAGGAUCCCUCAGCGCCUGCCUGCACCACCAUUGCCUUUGCCCAGGGGCCGCCGCCGCAAAGCCCCGCCAAGAGUUGCCACCAGCAAGAUGGGAGUUUGCCAGGAGGCGUGAGGGGCAAGCAGAGUGGAGGGCGAGGGGGAUGGCGGAGGGCAACGCGGGCUGGCUUCCUCCUCCUCCCCGCACUCGCCUCUGCUGACUCGCGGGCCCGAGGGGGGGGGGGGGGAGGGGGGGGCAGCUACGGCAACUUCACCUCGGCCGAGUUCAAGUGCUGCCAGCUGCCCUUCCACACCUUCCUCGACAACGUGGGCUGGUUCGUGCGCAAGCUCUCCGGGCUGCUCAUCCUGCUGGUGCUCUUCGCCAUCGGCUACUUCCUGCAGCGCAUCAUCUGCCCCAGCCCGCGCAGGCACAGCCGGCGGCGCCCGCGGCCCGGCCACGGAGGCGACGAGGAUGACGAGGAGGAAGGAGAGGACGACGACGGCGACUUGGACUCCCCCGGCGGCAGGGGCAGCGGCACCCCGCUCAACGUGACGGCCGCCACCUCGCAGGACUCGCUGCUGGACAGCCGGAGCCGCGACCCGCCGCCGCCGCCGCCUCUCCUGCACGUGGUCUCGCCCGUCUUCUUGCAGCUGCCCAGCUACGAGGAGGUGAAGUACUUGCCCACCUACGAGGAAUCCAUGAGGCCGCAGCAGCCCCUCGUCUUGCCCGUCACCAGCCUGGCCACGGGCACCGGCAGAGGCCACGCCGAGCCGGACUGCUGGGCCGGAGGCAGCUGAGCCGUCGGGGGCGCUUGCCGGCGCACACCCCUCUC